CGGUUCUGUUGGGUUUGCUUCCUUUGCUGCAGACGCUGGCGGGCGGUCGGUUCUGUUGGGUUUGCUUCCUUUGCUGCAGACGCUGGCGGGCGGUCGGUUCUGUUGGGUUUGCUUCCUUUGCUGCAGACGCUGGCGGGCGGUCGGUUCUGUUGGGUUUGCUUCCUUUGCUGCAGCCGGUUCUGUUGGGUUUGUGCUGCAGCAUGAAGUCGCUGCACAGACACAUUAACUUGGCCCAAACGUUCAGUGACAAACACCAGUUCUCACGGUGCGGUACCGGCCCCUGAGGGGAGGCUUCUUGGUGGUACCACAGACCCGGCCACAGCCGAGACGGGUUCAUGAUAAGAUCCGAUAAGAUAAGAUGGGGAGAAGCUUCUGGCCUCGGGCUCCAGACAUUGUGCUGAUUUCAGAGCAGUGAGAAGGGGGCGCGUGUGGUUUCAUGAGGUUUGAUGGCACAAAUGAAAGCAGCUUUCUCCCAUGAACUUCUUGGCACCAAGACGUUUGCUUGGAUUUCGCAAACUCACCCAGCUACUACAGCGCCCGCCUUUCCAUUGUCACGGCUGGGCCCAAAAUAAGUGGUGUUUCUAAAGGAGGCCCGCUUUGUGCUGGCGCUGGGGAAACUGAGGGAGGUCACUCUGUGCCAUGUUUAGAUGCAGCAGCGUGACCGCCGGGCCCUGAUGAGGGGUCCAGUAGAACCACGUGAUGCUACGGGUCACAUGGUGCUGCUCCAGGGCUGAGAGGAGCCAGACCAGGAAUGGGGUCCAAAAGAAUCCAUCUGUGCUGGCUGUAAUGGUGUUCUGAUCCGCUCUCCCUGCAUCUCAGACCUCUGAAUGGCAGUUGUAACAUUAAUAGCGCCGCUCUUCCAUGCAUUUGGACCACCACGGACCACUUCACCAGCCGCCCCAGGACGUCCGCCUGCAGAACCGUGUGUGAGACCGUGGCUGCAGCAGGAGCUCCACAGGGGGCGCUCCUGUCUCCCUCCUCUGCAGCCUGAACCUCACACUUCAGGUCCAACUGGGUCCUGUUCUCCAGAACUUCUCUGAUGACGCUGCUACUGUAGGACGUAUCCAGGGUGGUGACGUCACACAGUACCAGGAAGUGGUGGACAUGUGGACAGAACCACCUCCAACGGAACAUCAGUAAAACCAAGGAGCUGGUGAUGGACUUUAGGAAAUCUGUGAGCGCUGUCACCACACUCACUAUUAAAAAUGAAGUGGAGGGGGGUGAGCGAGUACAAGUACCUGGGAGUGUACUGGGACCAGGUACAAGUACCUGGGAGUGUACUGGGACCAGGUACAAGUAGCUGGGAGUGUACUGAGACCAGGUACAAGUACCUGGGAGUGUACUGGGACCAGGUACAAGUACCUGGGAGUGUACUGACAAUAAACUGGACUGGAAGAAGGACUCCUCAGCUGUGAACAAAAGGCUCAGAGCAGGAUGUAGUUCCUGAGGAGGCUCAGGUCCUUUAACGUGUGCAGCUCCAGCUGAGGAUGUUCUAUGAGUCUGUGGGUCCAGUGUUUUAGGCUGUGGUCUGUGGGGCAGCAGCAUGAAUGGAGCAGACAGUAACAGACUGGACAAAGUGAUCAGGAGGUUCUGGUUCUGUUCUGGGGUGGAGCUGGACCCCCUCCAUGCCGUAGCUGAGAGGAGGAUGCUGGUCCAACUCCUCUCCAUAGACGACACCUCCACCUCCACACAGUGUGUGACUGGACAGAGGAGCACCUUCAGCCACAGCUGAUCAGUAUCAGGUUCUCCACAGAACGCCAGCGGAGAACCUUCCUACCGGUGCCAUCAGCCUGUACACCUCCUGUGUGGGGUGAACCUCAUCUGAGUAGCAGAGAACGUGUGCAUGCGUCUUUGUGUGUAUGUGUGUGUCUGUACAUGUGUUACGCUACAUGUUCUCCUCUCUGUGAAGCGGUCAUAAUGGACCGAGCACUUAAUAAGGUUUCGGCCUCUUGAACCCGAGGUGCAGCUCGUCCUGCUCUCAUUGCUUCACGCCGACGGUCGACGUCUGCCUCCUCUGGUUACCAACGCGCACACACACACACACACACACACCUUAUUCAGUUCGAUGCAGUGGGCAGUAAUGACUUGAAUGCUUCUUUUCCAGCCCGCUCGUGUGCAACACUGCAGGGGCGUCAAGUGACGCGUUUCCCGCUACUCUCUCGUCGGCGCGUGGGUGGAUCCACGCGUUCCACUGAGCCACAUCUGGACUCUCCACCUGUCUCGGCUCAGGUCGGUCUGGUUCGUGGUCCUGUCAGUCUCCGCGCUGAUCACCGAGGGCGGCGUGUGAUUGGCUGCGGAGCGCUCGCGCCGUCUUCGCCCUCCCACCGCUGGUUUUAGGGACUCACCGUCUCGCGCUCUUCCUCGCAUUGAGUCUGGGACGUGGCCCCGGGGCGGAACGGCACACAGCGCAUCAUGGCAGCUACCCACAGCGAGUACAGAGGCUACCUGCGGAGCUCCGUGGACGUGGAGUCGGGGCCGCACCGCUUCCAGCCGGCGCAGAGCUCGGAGUCUCCGUACCGGCCGCUCCUGUUCGGAACCCUCGCUGUGAUGGGACUGCUCCAGGUGGCGUCCAGCGUGGCGAUCCUGCUCCACCUGACGGGAUAUCUGCAGGAGGUGGAUUUGUCCACGGUGUCCCGUCGGCCCAUAGAGGAAGCGCAGACGGAGCCGGUGCUGAAUGCGCUGAAAGACAAGAGGAAUAAAAACAAAGGCUGCAAGACUCCCAAAGAGAGCCUGGCCUCCGCUCACCUGCCCAUCCUGGUGCGCGAGAUCUCAAAGAAGGGCGAACCCAGGGUGGUGACCAUCGAGUGGGACGCGGAGCGCGGCUCCCUCCACAGGACGGCCUACCAGAAGGGGAAGCUGCUGCUGACGGAGCCCGGCUACUACUACGUUUACGCCAAGACCUGCUUCCGCUACUACAACCUCAACGGGGCCGGCGGCGAGCAGCUGGACGUCAGCAACGCGCAGCUCAUCCAGUACGUCUACUACGAGAGCGUCAAAAACAACAAGGCCAUUUUGCUGAUGAAGACGGGAAGCACCAUGCGCUGGAACAACACCACCUACAACAUGUACUGCGCCCAGCAGGGCCGCGGCGUCCGGCUGGAGGACGGAGACGCCUUGUACGUCAACGUGUCCAACGCGUGGAUGCUGGACCCAGAGGGCGAAGGGACGUAUUUUGGGGCCAUAAAAUUGGGUAACUGAGAUUUCAGCGUACUUGGGGAGCGGACAAGCUACUGAACUUGUGAUAUGCCAAAGAACCACUGUUAUUGAUUUAUAUUGUUGUGUCCAAAAUGUUUUUGUUGUACAUGUGUUGCCUUUUUACAUUUCAUCACGUAACCCAGGAACCUUUCUUAGAAAUCCCCUCCAAAAUAUGAGACUCUCACCGGCAUCCAAAGCAGCACUGGACCGUCUAGAAUUUUGUUUUUAACGGUACUGCGGCUUUUUAUUGGAACACUUUCAGAUUCAUAAGCACAGACGUGUGUUUAUGCACUAAUUAAACAAACCACAAGGGAGCAACCGUGGAAGUGAGAGAGGAUUUAUCAGUGUUUAUUGUGGAAAGACAAGUCCAAAAAGAACAGCGUAGCUGAUGGAGCAUCUGCUUGUACAGGAUAAAAAUAACAGGAGCUCCAGGUCCGUCCCACGGCAGCGAUCGGGCGUCCGCACAGUAAGUAACGCCACUGUGUCCGUCUGUGAGGAGCACCACACGAAUAGAAGAAAUAAGUGAAUGUUAGCAGCUUUUCUGUCUCUACUGAAAUGUGCAGUGCUGUAAUAACCUCAUCCCCUCCUGGUUUCCUGGUCUAUGGACUGAUUCGAGCACACGCUGUAGUCAGAAUGGGUGAUGCAGCACUUGAUGUGAAGCCGCUUGUUGUUCAGCUUCAGAUCACAUCAUCGUCAGCAUCCUUUUACUGCCUCAUGCCCGGCUCCCGGGUGGUCUGGGCCAAACGCACCCACAGUGUCUCUGGACAGACUGUGGGUGGGUUCAGGUCAGGGUGCUCUUCUCCACCAGGUCUGUGAGAGCUGUGUGCUUCAGGUUCCUGCUUUGGGCUCCGUGGAGUCCUUCCAAACUCUUUUCAGUGUUGCAUGUAGUUACUAUGGGGCUGAAGACUUUUUCCAUGAGACCGUUUGGUCCCGUUCAAGAUUCAGCUUAAAGAUCUGAAACUGUUUACACAGUGAAGGAGAAGUCAGGAGGGGUUGAAUGUUUGACUGCGUCGCGGAGAGUGGUCUGUUUCACUGACAGCAGCUACACCGCAAGUCAUUUUCAACCAAGGGGAAAUGACAGGUUAAUGUUUAUGACAAUCAACCAGCAGUGCAGAUAGCGGGACUGUCUGACCUUACGUGACAUGAACACACUCUGUCUUAACCAGAGGAACCAAAUUGACUUUGGUUCCUCUUUAACUUAAAUUUUGUUUUUCAUUUGGCUCUUUGCUGAGGUAAAUGGGAAUAUGCACUAAAUAUUUAUUUAUUAGCUACAGAAGUACAGAGGCAGGUCUUUAUUGACCUUUCAGCUGUAGAACUCAUUUAUAUUGUAUGUCUGUAUGACAUCAUUAUGCCGCACUUAGAGGAAAUAGUAGACGCGCAUUUUGUUACUAAAACCUUCAAUUUAAAUUUCAUAUUUAUGUAUCUUAAUGUUGACAAGUCUUCCUGGUCAAAAGCAACAUGACAUGUACAUACGUGUAGAUCUUGUGUUUUUAUUUAUGUUUAUGUACCAUUUAAUAAAAAAGCUACUUUUGUAA